AUGUCAGUGCACAGCAGACCCCUGGGCACACUCAGACUUCCUGAGAGGGGCAGAGUUGGGAAUGAAGGGGAACAUUGCAUUCUGGGAGGCUGGGAACCCUACACCUCGCUGUUGACUCCGACGGUCUCUGAUGUUGAAGGAGUUGCAGUCAGGCCGCGUAGAUUCGGGAAGAGGAAACAGGAAGAGGGGUCCUACGGGGCCUAUGGUGCAGAGAGGAAAUUUGCGUAUUCAGACAUUACUCAAGUCACAGAGACAGACCUGGGUAAACAUAACGUGACCUGGCCACGAGGAGGGGUGGAAGAAGGCCCUACAGCACUGAGAAAGGCUGGUCUGCUUGAGAAACUUAAAGAACAAGUAACCUGAAACAUUUUAAUUAUAGAGUAUGAUGUGAAAGAUUAUGGGGACCUACCCUUUGCUGAUGUCCCUAAUGACAGCCCCUUUCGAAUUGUGAAGAAUCCAAGGUCUGUGGGAAAAGCAAAUGAGCAACUGGCUGGUGUGGUGGCAGAAGUCAAGAAGAAUGGAAGGACGAGCUUGGUCUUGGGCGGAGACCACAGCUUGGCCAUUGGAAGCAUCUCUGGCCACGCCAAGGUCCACCCGGAUCUCUGUGUCAUUUGGGUAGACGCUCACACCGAUAUCAACACUCCACUGACAACCACAAGUGGGAACUUGCACGGACAGCCUGUGUCUUUCCUCCUGAAGGAACUAAAGGGACAGAUCCCUAACGUACCAGGAUUCUCCUGGAUGACUCCCUGCAUAUCUGCCAAAGAUAUUGUGUAUAUUGGCCUGAGAGACGUGGACCCUGGGGAACACUACAUUUUGAAAAGUCUGGGUAUUAAAUACUUUUCAAUGACUGAAGUAGAUAAACUGGGAAUUGGCAAGGUGAUGGAAGAAGCACUCAGCUAUCUACUAGAAAGAAAGAAAAGGCCAAUUCAUCUGAGCUUUGAUGUUGACGGACUGGACCCGUUUUUCACACCAGCUACUGGCACACCAGUCCUGGGAGGUCUGUCUUACAGAGAAGGUCUCUACAUCACAGAAGAAAUUUACAAAACAGGGCUACUCUCAGGAUUAGAUAUAAUGGAAGUGAACCCAUCUCUGGGGAAGACAUCAGAAGAAGUCACUCGCACAGUGAACAUAGCGGUAGCACUAACCUUGGCUUGUUUUGGAGUGGCUCGGGAGGGUAAUCAUAAGCCUAUUGACUACCUUAGCCCACCUAAGUAA